UUACUAAAUGCGCCAUGACUGUGUGUGUGGAGCCUGUUGAAAACUCAACACGCUUACGUAGCGAGGCCUGUGGCUGUGUCUUUCGCAACAUAAUAAAACAAGAGGAAAAUAGGAAACCAUAAGCGACACGAAGCGCAAAAAAAAGAAAGAAAAAAAACAAGAUGGAGUGUGAGUGGAAGCCAGACGAGCAAGGACUCCAGCAGAUCUUACAGCUCCUGAAAGAGUCGCAGUCCCCGGACACGUCCACGCAGCGAUCUGUCCAACAAAAACUCGAGCAGUUAAAUCAGUAUCCCGACUUUAACAACUACUUGAUAUUUGUCCUCACAAAGUUGAAAUCGGAAGAUGAGCCUACAAGAUCUUUAAGUGGUCUCAUUUUGAAGAACAACGUAAAGGCGCACUACCAGAACUUCCCCAAUGGUGUGUCAGACUUCAUCAAAAACGAAUGUCUGCAGAACAUCGGCGACUCCUCACCGCUUAUCCGAGCCACAGUGGGUAUUUUGAUUACAACCAUUGCGUCAAAGGGGGAGCUGCAGAACUGGCCAGAGCUGCUACCCAAGCUCUGCACUCUGCUGGAUUCUGAAGACUACAACACAUGUGAGGGGGCCUUUGGAGCACUCCAGAAAAUAUGUGAGGAUUCUGCAGAAAUCCUGGAUAGUGACAUCCUUGACCGACCCCUCAACAUCAUGAUCCCCAAGUUCCUUCAGUUCUUCAAGCACAAUAGCCCCAAAAUAAGGUCCCAUGCAAUUGCUUGUGUCAACCAGUUCAUCAUCAGCAGAACUCAGGCACUUAUGCUCCACAUCGACUCCUUCAUUGAGAACCUGUUUGCCCUGGCCACGGAUGAGGAGCCUGAGGUGAGGAAGAACGUGUGUCGGGCCUUGGUGAUGCUGCUGGAGGUCCGGAUGGAUCGGCUUCUCCCACACAUGCACAAUAUCAUUGAGUACAUGCUGCAGCGUACCCAGGACCAGGAUGAGAAUGUGGCUCUGGAGGCUUGUGAGUUCUGGCUGACGCUGGCUGAGCAGCCUGUGUGCAAGGACGUGCUGUGUGGACACCUUUCGCAGCUAACACCUGUGCUUGUUAAUGGGAUGAAAUAUUCUGAGAUUGAUAUUAUACUCCUUAAGGGUGAUGUGGAGGAGGAUGAAGCAAUCCCAGACAAUGAGCAGGACAUCCGGCCUCGGUUCCACCGUUCCCGGACAGUGGCUCAGCAGCAUGAGGGUGAUGGCAUUGAGGAGGAAGAUGAUGAUGAAGAUGACUUGGAUGAUGAUGACGACACUAUCUCUGAUUGGAACCUUCGAAAGUGCUCUGCUGCUGCUCUUGAUGUGCUGGCCAAUGUGUUCCGGGAUGAUCUCCUGCUCCACAUCCUGCCACUGCUGAAGGAGCUGCUCUUUCACCCUGACUGGGUCAUCAAAGAGUCAGGCAUCCUGGUGCUGGGGGCCAUUGCUGAAGGUUGCAUGCAGGGUAUGAUUCCAUACCUACCAGAGCUCGUCCCGCACCUGGUGCAGUGUCUGUCAGACAAGAAGGCCUUGGUGCGCUCCAUCACCUGCUGGACACUCAGCCGCUAUGCUCACUGGGUGGUGAGCCAGCCGCCCGAUACCUACCUGAAGCCCCUGAUGACGGAGCUGCUCAAACGUAUCCUGGACAGCAACAAGCGAGUCCAGGAGGCCGCCUGCAGUGCCUUUGCCACUCUGGAGGAGGAAGCAUGCACGGAGCUGGUGCCCUACCUCGCUUACAUCUUGGACACCCUUGUCUUCGCCUUCAGCAAGUACCAGCACAAGAAUCUCCUCAUCCUGUAUGAUGCCAUUGGCACACUGGCUGACUCCGUUGGACACCACCUUAACAAGCCAGAGUACAUCCAGAUGCUGAUGCCUCCUCUUAUUCAGAAAUGGAAUCAACUUAAGGAUGAAGACAAGGAUCUGUUCCCCUUACUUGAGUGCCUGUCCUCUGUGGCCACUGCCCUGCAAUCUGGCUUUCUCCCAUACUGUGAACCUGUGUACCAGCGCUGCGUCAACCUAGUGCAGAAAACGCUCGCCCAAGCCAUGUUAAAAUCUGAGGCGAGUGAUGGGUCCAGACUAGCCUGCCUUAGCCGUCGGCUGCACCACACGCAGCCCAACCAGUACGAAGCCCCAGACAAGGACUUCAUGAUUGUGGCCCUGGACCUGUUGAGCGGCUUGGCCGAGGGGCUCGGAGGCAACAUUGAGCAGCUGGUGGCACGCAGCAACAUCCUCACACUCAUGUACCAGUGCAUGCAGGACAAAAUGCCUGAAGUCAGACAAAGUUCAUUUGCCCUCUUGGGUGAUUUAACAAAGGCUUGUUUUCAGCAUGUCAAGCCAUGUAUUGCGGAUUUUAUGCCUAUUCUGGGUACUAAUCUAAAUCCAGAAUUAAUUUCAGUGUGCAACAAUGCAACAUGGGCAAUUGGAGAGAUAUCUAUACAAAUGGGUGCUGAAAUGCAGCCCUACAUAGCGAUGGUGUUGCACCAACUGGUGGAGAUCAUUAACAGGCCCAAUACGCCCAAGACAUUGUUGGAGAAUACAGCAAUAACAAUUGGUCGUCUUGGUUACGUUUGUCCUCAAGAGGUGGCUCCCAUGCUACAGCAGUUUAUAAGACCCUGGUGCACCUCUUUACGUAACAUAAGAGACAAUGAGGAGAAAGACUCUGCUUUUCGAGGCAUCUGCACAAUGAUCAGUGUCAAUCCAGGAGGAGUGGUACAGGACUUUAUAUUUUUCUGUGAUGCAGUCGCCUCAUGGGUUAAUCCUAAAGAUGAUCUACGAGACAUGUUCUGUAAGAUCCUUCAUGGGUUUAAGAACCAAGUGGGAGAUGAGAACUGGAGGCGGUUUUCGGAUCAGUUCCCCUUGCCUCUGAAAGAGCGCCUGGCGGCAUUCUAUGGAGUGUAACUUUGUCAGUAGGAGCAGUCCUGAUCUGGGGGUCAUUCACUGUGGGAGACAACGGGGAGCCUCUGUACCCAGGGAAAUAAAUGCCCUUUGCUGGGGGGAAAGGGGGAACCAGUGGGCUGGGUGGGACUCGGUGCCUUCCCAGCCCUUCUGAGCGGGGUGGGAGGGAGGUGUUGGCCGUGCAGCUGUUUACACGGACAGGUGAAUGGGAACCGUCAAUUUGGAGGGAGGAAACAAUUAAGCUUUUCACGACUCUGUUACAAUGAAGAACUAAACCAAGAUUUUUGUCGUUUUGUAGAGCACAUCUGUAUAGGUGUGGUAUUAAAAAAAACCUCUGGGAAAACUGAAAUUUUGUUUUUGUAUUACAAUGGGUUUAAACUUAAGAGUAUUAGCACAAAAACAUUGCUGGGGAUUUAAAACUGAAGUAUAAGUUGGAGUACAUACAGGUAUAAGACAGUAGAAAAUAACUGCAUAGAAACAUACAUGAUGAAGCAAAUGCUUUUCAGAGCUAACUUGUCCAUGUCUCUACAGUGGACAGCUACUAGCCACAAAGAGUAGAUGGUGAUGAAAGAAAGUAAAACUCUCACAUUCAAGACACAGCCUAGCCAAACGCUAGUCAGUUCUCUAUGUCUGCAUAUCAUAGGAAUAAAAUGCAUCCUCAUAUGUCACAGUUGGAAUAUUUACUGAAACUAGGUGGGACAAUGGUAAUGCCUUCAUAAAACUUAGACUGUUGACAUAAGCAGGUUGGCAAAUGCCAUAGAAGUGCAUUUGAAUUUUGUUGUUUUUUUUUUCUUUUUCUUUUUUUCUUUUUUUUUUUUUUGGGGGGGGGGUGAUUGAAAGUGGUCUUAGAAAAAUAGCAUGCUUGCAUUUCAGUGGGGAUGGUGUACAUCAGCAGCAGUGUGUUGCCCUGUAUUAAAAUUCUGUUUUUCUUUUGGUGUAGAACUUCUGAUUUCUAUUAAGGAUAGGUUUAAGUCCAGUAGCUUCCAAUUACACACCAGGAGAUACCUGUAGAACUUAAGACUAAGGUUGAUCAUAGUAGCGUCUCCAAACCUGCACAAUGUGGGAAGCCGAUAUACCUGUGCAAACAUUGCUCCUGUGCAGUCAUUGUAAAUGUACUUUCUGCAUGGACAUAUACUAGUGAACAUCCCAGACUUUUCUGGGACUGCAAGCUGUGUGGUUAGGAAAGCAGUUAAGGGCUUUGUUGAACUUUAGUUGGCUCUGUUAGGGCAACAAUCAGUUUCUGCUUGAGGUUCAUGGUUGUCCAUCUCCACUCAAUGUUCUCGUUUUCAUUAUAUUUCAUUUUUUCUGUCUAACGCAUGAUCGUAAGGAUGCUUUAGUUUUUAAUUUUUUUUUUUUUUUUUUUUUUUUUUUAUUCUGAAAAGGAUAUAAUAAGCAGGGUACUCAAACUUGAUCCGUGCAUGUUGGUGGCCCUUACUACCCUUAUUAGAUUAAUGGGUACUUACAUAGAACAUGGAAGGUGGUUUAUGACCCUCUGUCACUUUAUUUGGCUAUUUGUUUCAAUUUUUUUCAGUCUAUAUUGUGAGAGUAUGUCCUUGUUUGUUUAACCUGUCCCUUCACUCUAAUAUGUAUUUGUAAUAUUG